GUUAAUGAACAAAACACACAAUUGAAUUCUUUCAUGGUAUCAGCAGCCCAGAGAAAAUAAAUAGCCGUCACAUCUCUUUCUUCUUCCUCCUUGCUUUUCUUCUUCUUCCAUGGCUGAAACAACCAAGUUUCACCCGGCCCUUGCCGUCAACAAUGUUAAAAACUUCAUCCCUGUAACCCUAGACAUGGAAAGCUCCCAGUACAACUCGUGGGCUACCUUGUUCAAAAUUCAUACACGAGCCUAUCAAGUGCUCGACCACAUCAUCCCAAGCAAGAACCAGACGGCUAAUACCGAAACCGAUGAAGCGGAUCAAGGCCUUUGGGAUCGCCUUGAUGCGAUCGUGUUACAGUGGAUAUAUGGAACCAUAUCCAACGAUGUCCUUCACACCAUUCUCGAGCCUGACCUCACCGCCAUGGACGCGUGGAAUCGACUUGCUGACCUUUUCCAUGACAACCAAACCACAAGGGCCGUCUAACUUGAGAACCAACUGUCACAUGUUCAUCUCGACGAUUUUCCAAGCGUCACCACCUAUUGUCAGCGUAUCAAGAUGCUCGCCGAUCAACUUGGCAAUGUCGGAGCUCCGGUGUCCGAUCAACGUAAGGUACUAACACUUGUUGCAGGUUUGAAUGAAGCUUAUGGUGGUGUUGCAACCCUCAUCCAACACAGCAACCCCUUGGUAUCGUUCUCUAAGGCUCGUUCCAUGCUUGUCUUGGAAGAGUCUAACCUUGGUAAGCAAGCAGCACGAGAGGCUGCCUUGAUUGUUGGGGCGAAUCCACCGGAUGAUCCUGCGGCUCCGGCUCGUGCCCCUGCCACCAACAACAACAACCGAAACAACAACAACAACAGGCGCAAUGGUGGUGGUCGCGGACGUGGAAACAACAACAAUUAUAAGGGCCGUGGUGGAGGUGGCCGCGGUCGUGGCUCCAAUUCUUCUCAGCAGCAGGCGCAAACUCAGCCACCACAAUGGCCCCCUGGCUGGCAGUAUCCACCGUGGGCUGGGUGGUCCCCUCAGCCCUGGGCCACCCCGCCUUGUCCCUACCCCACAACAUGGCAGCCACGCCCUCCACACAACAAGCAGCCGGGUAUCUUAGGUGCUCGACCUCCGCAAGCAUACCAAACAUCAGUCUCUCAAGGCAAUGGUUAUGCGCCAACUGACAUUGAGGCAGCAUUACACACACUCUCCCUCAACCCACCGGAUGACAACUGGUACAUGGAUACCGGCGCCACGUCUCACAUGACCUCCAAUCCAGGAUUUACGGACGGGGAAGCCACUAAUGAGGUGUGAGAGCUCGGGCGAUCUCUACCCAAUCACAAAAAAUCGGGACAUCUCUCCUUCUGCAUUUACUGCUUUAUCACCUAGCUUAUGGCAUAGCCGCUUAGGGCAUCCCGGGGACGCUAUUUUAAGCUCUCUUCGUCGUAGUAAUCUCAUUCAAUGUAAUAAGGGCCAUGAUUUUUUCUGUUCUUCUUGCCCUCUUGGGAAGCAUGUCAAACUGCCAUUUAAGAAUUCCAAGUCAUUUACUUAUUUUCCGUUUGAAAUCAUUCACAGUGAUUUAUGGACUUCACCUAUAUUAAGCUCAUCGGGCCAUAGAUAUUAUGUUUUAUUUCUGGACAACUACUCAAAUUAUUUGUGGACAUUCCCCAUCUCUAAUAAAUCCCAAGUAUUCUCUAUUUUCCAGAAAUUUAAAACGUAUAUCCACACUCAAUUUGAAAGGGACAUUAAAAAUUUCCAAUGUGAUAACGGGCGGGAAUUUGACAAUGGUCCCUUUGCUAAAUUUUGUGAAAAUAAUGGAAUGCAAUUCCGUUUCUCAUGCCCACAUACUUCCCCUCAAAACGGAAAAUCCGAACGCAAAAUCAAGUCCAUAAAUAACAUCGUUCGGACCCUUCUAGCUCACUCUUCCAUGCCUCCUACGUUUUGGCAUCACGCCCUUCAAAUGGCCACAUACCUUAUCAACAUCACUCCUACCAAGGUUUUGGGGUAUAAAUCACCCACACAAAUUCUUUACCAAAAAGAUCCUUCAUACUCUCAUCUACGUGUCUUUGGGUGUCUUUGCUAUCCCUUAUUCCCCUCAACCUCUAUUCAUAAGCUACAAGCUCGAUCCACACCAUGUGUAUUCUUGGGCUAUCCUUCC